AUGACUUGCUUAGUGCACAAUGCACGUUAUCGUGGCUUAUUUCAUGCUGUUGUUAAUGAACUUCGGAAUGAAAAUCGUAUACCUGUAAAUGUAUUACGAACUAUGCCACAUCAAUGUUGUACAUGUGCUAAUGUUGAUAAUCAAACAUUAAUAACUGUUAUUCUUGAUGGAAAAGAUAAACUAAUAAAUUUAAAAAAACUUACUGAUCAAAUAGAUCGAGAUAAAAACGGCAAUCCCAAGCUUAUUCAAUCAUUAAAUAAAUUAGAAAAUUUUAUCAGAGAAAAUCGAACUUCCGAUUCAAAUUUAUUAUUCAAUAUUGAACUGGAUAAUAAUUCUGAACAUGAUUCUAGUAGUUCAAGCGAAUCGGUCAUACCUGUUAAAGUGCGCCCAUCCAAACCAAAAACGAAGCCGAAAAAAAUAGCUAAAACCGGAAAAUUUGUAUUUUUACCAUAUAAGUCUGAAGAUCUAUUGCAAGAAACUUUGCCAGUCGACGAUAAGAAACGACUGCAACGUGGUAGAUUCAUUGGUAGAAAAGGCUAUAUUGCAACAUUAGAAACACAACACGAUGUUUACAUCAAUAUGAUCACAUCGAGUACAAGUGAACAAAUUGCAAAGAUGCUUCGAAAUGCGAAAAAAGGCGUUGGAAAUGUAAAACUUUAUAAUCAAAAAGAUCUACCAGAAAAUGAAAAUGGUGAAUGGAUAUUGGUGCGGCCAAAAAACAGUAAGGGUCAAAUAAAGAAGGACAUAGACGAUCUGGACGAAUUAUUAAAGGAAAUAACAGAUCGAUGGGAACGAUCGAUGGAAAUAAAAAAACGCAAAAGCGAAGAAGAAGGUGAUGAUGAGGAUGAUGAAGAACAUCUGAAUAAAAGAACAGCAUCUUAG